AUGGCAUAUCUGCGCCUUCGAUUGCCUCUAGCAUUGACUGCCGCAGCCCUGGAGCUCAGACACAGAAGAGGCCUCAACUGCAGCAAACCUGGGGCAUAUUUUGUGCGUCCACUUGUUGCAGAAGAAGCCAAGCUCACCGAGCUCCGUGUCCACGUCCUGAUGGGCGGCUUUGGCAGUGCUCGCCUGGCUGGAUGGAGCCGCGCCACUCCGACGGAUCAAAAGGAACUCCUUCAACGUUUGCGGCCUGAAGUCCAGUGCACUUUUGGACCCACUCCGCCGCAGGGGACGCAAAUCUUGGUCUCCGCAUUUCCAUCCCAGCAAGAUUUGGAUGCCUGUGGCAGUGGGUUGAAGGUCCUGGUGAUUCCCUUUGCCGGUUUACCAGUGGCAACCAAAAAUCUGGUGACUGAUGCUGGCUUUAUCAAGAACGGGCUCCGGCUACACAAUGUGCAUCACAACUCGUCAACGACGGCUGAGAUGGCAGUGGCAUUGGGCUUGGCUGCUGCGAAGCAAUUGUUGCCAGCUGAUCGCUCGUUACGGAAGGGCGACUGGAGCCCACGAGGCAUUCCCUCCUACGGAGAUCCAGAUCCCAUGUUCCAACUGGGCCUAGAUGGACAAACGGCUCUAGUGCUGGGCUAUGGAGAAGUUGGGCGCAGAGUUUCACGUAUCCUAGCGGCGAUGAACAUGCGCGUCAUCGCCACGAGAAAGUCGGGGGGCGACCGCCAGCAGCCAGAGCCAGGAUCUAUUGUGGUGCGUGAAGCAUCUGCCCUCCACGAGUUGCUCCCGGAUGCUCAGAUGCUCUUCGUUUGUGUUCCCCACGCAGCCGAGACGGAAGGGCUCAUCAACACAAAGGAGCUGGCUUUGCUGCCUGACAAAGCGGUCAUUGUGAAUGUGGGAAGAGCCGAUGUCAUAAACGAGGAAGCCCUUUAUCAUGCACUGCAAGAUGGUCGCAUUAUGGGAGCUGGAGUUGACUGCUGGUACAAGUACCCGCCAGACUUCAAAAGCAGAAACAACACCCCUGUGUCUGAGAAAUUCAACUUUGCAGGUCUGGACAACUUGGUGAUGUCGCCCCACAGAGCGGGUUCGGUUGGCCUGCUUGCUACUGAGCGACUUCGCAUGGCAGCAUUGGCAGAGCUCAUUAACACAGCUGCACCUUUGAUCAUGGCCUACCUGCUGGUGGCAGAGGCCAAGAUCCCCAUGGGUGAUCAAGACGCAUACACCUACUCCGGCAUCGCCAUGCAGAUGGUUGAUGAGCUUAAUGAGUUGGUGAAGCCAAUCUUAGCUGAGACUUCAGUGUGGCCCUAUCGCGAGGCAAUAGCGCGACUCCAUGCCACUGAAAGUGCCACUUUGGAGGCGCAAAGAACGUAUCCGUCCCUGCUUGGUGGACCGCGUGGUGCAAUUUCGCUGGAGUUUGCUGUCGUGCAUUGCAAAGAGCCCUUGGACUGGGUGGAGGCAGAGCUUUUGGGCAUAACUCCUCCUGGCUCACAGCUCACGUUUUACGAGAAAUGUGGGGAGGAGCCAAGAUUUUCUGGCGCAGUGAUGCAGCACUUCGUUGUCUCCACCAGAUCCUGCCGGGAUCCAGUGGAUGGUCCACGAGGUGAUGAAUGCCUGGGAUAUUUGGCACAUAUUGUCAACAACUACUGGAACCUGGCAACGUUCACUGUCUUCAUGCAGGCUGAUCCUCAAGAGCACUUGCACUUUUCGUACUUGCACAAUGUUGCGAAGAUGAUAUCAUCCGCUACUUAUGCAAUACCUUUCCUGAGCUUGAAUGGGGCCAGGCAUGUUCGGUCGUGGACACCCUGCUUAAAUGCAGUGCAUGAGGCAAUUUUUGGUGAGCAAAUGCGAGAUGCGGUUGGACCAUAUUGCUGUGCGCAGUUUGUUGUCCAGGAUGCGAAGGUUCGCGAACGGCCAGUGGAAUUCUACCAGCGAAUGCUGAGGUUGGUGGAUGGAACAUUGGAGCAUGACUUGUGCUUUCCAGGUAAAGUCAAGCGCUCCACGCAUUGCUAUGGCAUGGAGUUUACCUGGCACUUGGUGUUUGGCGAGGACUACGAGACCCCUCUUCGACAGGAUGACCAGAGGCUUCCCUUGCCACUUCGACUCAAGUUUGGGAAUGAGUUCAUCCGGAGGCAGUGGAAUGAUGUUGUGCUGAAUCCCAGCACUCCCAAAAAGAUUGUCGAAGAAGUGAAUUAUGAUCAGAUGACAGUCAGGUGA